GGUAGCUCUCAUUUUUCAGCGUCCUUACUUAAAUCGCCAAUAGUCUAAUCUAAGUACGGCUACGUGUGAUCAGUGAUCCAGGCUUCAGAGAGAAGCUGUUUGCAAUUUGGUCCCAUCUUUGAUGCUAGCUUAUCCAUUCCUCCUCAAUAACCCCGGCUCCCCAUACCCCAGGCGCCAAGAGACCGAGGAAGAGCCUCGUCUCUCCAAUAUCGUGAUUCCUUUCACGAACGUUUGCCCCGCAUUAUGGGGGUAUUCAAAUGGAUUAACGGAGUUUGAGACAGUGGCAAACUAGCCUAUCCCCUGCAAAAGCCUCUAAUUAAGCUUCUGCCGCUCACAUGGUCUCGCCCGUUGACGGCUAGCAUACCCGAUUACCGGGACGAGCUUCCUACAAACUCGUCAGAUAAAAGCUCGACACCGCCCGACGUUACUUAUGUCUCCUGUUCAGUCGUCCUCUUAGUACCCUUCCGAGUCGUAUUCCGGUUUCCCUCGCCAUAUUAUCACAUACCUUUGACCAUCGGGACGAAGACUCUGGGGAAACCAUUAUAUUGACGAGGAAUCACCAACUAUGAUUGACGAGAUAACACGGGCUGGCCCUGCUGAAGGGCUUGCGCCGAAGCAAAACAUAGAAGCAUUGGAACAUGUAACGGCACCCGAAGCCACAGGUACAACGCCUCUCGCCAGUACGAUGGAUCCAGCCCAUCGCGCACGUGUAGAGAAGACACUGAAGCGCAAACUCGAUGCGCGAUGUUCCAUAUUUGUCCUCAUUUACAUCCUCAAUUAUCUCGACCGCAACAACAUCGCGGCUGCGAGGCUGAAGGGGCUCCAGUCAGAUUUAAACCUCGACGAUACCCAAUAUUCGACCUGCCUGAGUAUUUUGUAUGUCGGGUAUAUUUUGAUGCAGGUCCCGUCGAAUAUGUUUACCAAUAGGAUCCAGAGACCAUCGCUCUAUCUCUCCUGCGCCAUGUUGCUCUGGGGUCUCAUUUCUACGCUCACGGGAAAUACGAAUAAUUUCACUGGCAUGGUUCUGGUACGGUUCUUCUUGGGCUUUGUCGAAGCUGCUUUCCUUCCGGGAGCGCUUCUUAUCCAGUCCAAGUGGUACACUCGAAGGGAGCUGACGACGAGAAACGCCAUCCUAUUCUGCGGUAAUAUUAUCUCCAAUGCCUUUUCGGCGCUAGUUGGAGCUGGUGUGUUAUCGAAUAUGCAAGGAAUUUUGGGUCAUGCUGCUUGGAGAUGGUUAUUCUGGAUCGAGGGCGGUGUUACCAUGUUCGUUGCUAUCAUCGCAGCCUUCGUGCUUCCGGAUUUACCACACAACUCGCGUGGUUUCACAGAGGAAGAGCGCCAGGUAGCGCAGCUGCGAAUGAUUGAGGACGUUGGCGAAGCUGAUGUCGAUGGAGAGAACCAGGGCAUCUUCGACGGCCUUAUUAUGGCCGUUAAGGAUAUUAAGAUUUAUGUGAUGAUGUUCACCUUCGCGGCCUAUGUCGUCGGCCUAUCGUUCAAUGCUUUCUUCCCGACCCUUACAGGUACUCUCGGAUUUGACUACGUUGGAACACUGCUUAUGAGCUCGCCGCCUUGGGUCUUUUCGUGCAUCGUCUCACUUAUAAAUGCCUGGCACGCUGAUAGAACCCAAGAGAAGUUCUGGCACAUUACUGGCCCCAUCAUCGGCGGAAUGGUCGGUUUCGUCAUCAGCAUGUCUACGCUAAAUGUAGCUGCCCGAUACGUUGCACUCUUCCUCCAAGCAAGCUCCUACGCCGGCUUUAUCGUUUUCUAUUCAUGGAUUAGUUCGUCCUUCCCUCGACCACCGGCCAAACGAGCUGUGGCGAUCGCUCUCAUCAACGCGUUUUCGCAACUGGGCAACGUGGCGGGUAGUUACGUGUGGAACCUGAAGGAUAACGGAUACCGUAAGAGCUAUGGCAUUGUGACGGCUAUGUUCGGAGUCACUAUCAUUGGAUGCUUCGCUUUCCGCGUCAUUUUAGCGGACCUCAACAAGAAGCUCGAGGAGAGUGAGCGCACUUGGGAAUCGCAACCCGAUGCGGCGGCGCAGAUAGACGGCCCCGACGAAGCGUUGCGGAUGCACAAGGGAUUCCGGUACUUGGUAUAA